AUGCCCGGCGCGCUGCUGUACUGCCUGCAAGUCGGCGUCACCGUGCCCUCGUGGUCGACGCUCCGUGGCAAAGCUCCGCGCGUGAGCGGUCACGCGGCGGCCGUGACUGAGGCGGGCCGCGUUCUCCUCUUCGGUGGACUGACUGAUGGCGCCGGCUCGCCGUGCACAAACGACCUUUGGUCGUGCGAGGACGGCGCGUGGUCCAAGCUGGCGCCCGCCGGAGACGGCCCGGGCGUCCGCAUGUACCCGGCGUCCGCCAUCGUGGACAGCUCAUUGUACGUGUUUGGAGGCUGGGACCCGGCGGCGCCGGGCUCGGGCGGCUCCUUCCUCGACGAUGUGUACAAGCUAGACGUCGCGAGCCUGACGUGGGAGCGACUCGUGCAGCCGAUGCCGUGCGGCCCCGUCUCGCGUCACAGCGCGUGCACGGUCGGCAAGGAUGUCGUCGUCGUCACCUUCCGCGGCGUCACCGUUCUCGACGGCGCGACCGGCGAGAUGCGCGAGCAGCCGACAACCGGCGAGGCACCGGUCGGACUGAGCAUGUGCGCGGCCGCGCCCCUGGGCGAGUCGUCGAUGCUCGUCUUUGGCGGCUCGACCAAGACGCAGGGCAUGUCCGCUGACGUGCACGUGCUCGACACGACCAGCUGGGCGUGGCGCAAGCUGCGGCCCGAGGGGUCGGCGGAGGACGGCCGCGUGCCCACGCCGCGCGGCUCGUCGAGCGCGGCGCCCGAGGGCGAGGCCUCGUGCCUGGUCUUCGGCGGCGCCGGCCUCGGCGGCGGCGGGUACGAGGGCGGCGCCGGCCUCCGUGCAUUCGACGAGACCUGGCGCGUCCGAGUCGACGGCGACGUGGCCCGCUGGGAGUGCGUGCACGAGGGCGGCGAUGAGGGCGCGCCCGCGCCCCGCGUGGCGGCGUCCCUGUCGGCCCUGCCCUCGGGAGCGUUCCUGCUGCAGGGUGGGUGGGACCCCAAGUCCAAGGACACCUUUGACGAGCCGCACGUGCUCAGCGUGUGA